AUCGUAUAUUUACUAUUCAUUUCCAUCUUCUCCCUGUGUUUAGCACGAACCAUGAAACGGAUUGGCCAUUCUAGCCGCCCACCGCCCCAAGAUCCAAGCCUCUCUACAACGGAGUAUUAUAGAAAAGAAUGGUUUUCACGGUUUCAGCCAGUUUCUUCUUCCGGUGCGGCUAUUCUUGCUUCAACUUUGCAGUAUCUCUUUUCGUCUCUGUGUUUGGCCAUUUUCACCGCCCACCGCACCAUGCACCACCUGUAAUCGGAAGGUGCACUGCAGAGAAGGUAUCACCUUUGAAUGCAUGCAAUGUGGAGACAAAGAGGCGUCUACGAUAAAGAGAUUCAGAGUGACAGCUGAAGUACAUGACGGCAGCCAUGCUAUACACGUGACCCUCUUCACCAAGGAGCUCCAGAAAAUACUAAAGACACUUGAGUGGAAUUCACCGUUGGAGACGAUCAACUCUGUGAAUCUAAACAAGGCGCUUCUAUCAGUCACUAUCAUUGCUGCAAUCAAACCAAGUUCAGGCACAUACAAAACAACUACAACAAACACGUACUCACUACAAACCCUCUACAGUCUCUCUCCGAAGCAAAGAAGCGCACCAAGUCUAAAGAGAAAGAUGAAAGUUGAGGAGGAAGCCCACAAAAAACAGACCUAGCUAAUGUUUACGGACCUUGAAAACUUUUUUGACCCUAACCUCUAUUCCUACUGUUCUUGUAAAAUAUAACUACCCCAACUCAGUAGGAGGCUUUAUGUCAGUUUGUUACAUAGUAGAACUCUUAAGUUAGCCCAAUAUCAUAAAUGAAGUGUGGGUGA